AUGGAGCAUUCGGGGAAAGCUCCUCACCAUUUCUUCGAUUCUGUAGCACGAUCAAAGGAAACAGAGCUUCAAAUCGAUUGUAACUUAGUGCUUGACUCUGCUGACUUGAAAGUGCGACGUCGAGGCGGGCAUCACCCACGCCUUCAGUUCAUGCUUGUACUUGCCACACUAAACCAAGGUUGUAACAAGACCGGGCCCGAAAAGUGCGUUGUGGAGUUCCACUCAAUCGCUUUCCGGGGAAGUGCUAGCAGAGGUGUGUUAGCGAAAUGGGUCUACAACGCCGGAAUAGUCUUGCAGGAGUGCAAACUCAACAUCUAUAGCGCUAAUGAUAUUUAUCGAAGUACGGGUCAUGGUCCUGGAGGAUACGCUGAUUUGAAGCAGCGUAUCCUUUCUCAUCAAUUAAAUUUUGCGGGGUACAGCACACAUGCUUAUUUCUUUCGUACUAAUAGGAUUUGA